CGAGAUGGCGCACGAGGUACAUUUAAAAAACAACAAAUACCGGCAGUGGGUCAAGGCAGGCCUAGGCUUAGGUUACCUGAAAGAGGGACUAGCACCAUUUUGUGAUGGCAUAGGAAAACAGCAGCACAAAGAUAUUAUAAACCAAAUUCAAGGAACAAAGACCCCAAAACCAAAUGUACCAUGUGGCGUCUGUCAGUUAACAACUCUCCAGCCCGACCACGUCCGAGUCUCGAAAGGAAUAUGUCCACACAAGCAAGAUUAUUGUAACUGUUGCUUUCCAAAUCAUAAGAAACCCUGCCCAAACAACGUGUGUGGUGCCAUCUAUGACAGCAUUAUACAGAAUCAUUCAUCAAAACCACCGGCGCCUUUUUGGCAAAACAGCGAUGCCCAUGAUUGGUCCACUGACCCAUGGAGCAUUUGUAAAUGUUUUAUAAAUGCUCCUGGGUACAAAGACAAGACAUCAGCAGUCGACACAGACUGUACAGGAUUACUACAUGUUAUCAUAAAUAACAAAUAUUUUCAUAAUCAUAUUGGAUGCAAAGUAACACGACCAAACAAUCUGUUUUUAAAGGUACGACAGUAUAGAAACGAGAUUUUUCAUUCAAGCAGUAUGGAGUUAGAGGAGAGUGAGGCUAAUUCUUACAUUGACGAUAUGAUAACAGUUCUACAAGAUGGCAAGGAACUGGUAUAUAAUCAAGCUGCACAACAAGCUGUCGGAAAACUCCAAGAUCUGAAGAAGGAGGACUUCAUUAUUACCACUGAAAGCUUUGACGAGAUUCUGAACCAAAUCAAAGAAGCAACAGGGAAUGCUGCAACUACAGAAGAAUAUGACGAGCUUAAAAAUAAAAUAAGUGGCCUUGAGUCACAGAUAGAAAGAGCAAAUGAGGAGAUAAAAAGACUCAAUGAAAAAGAUUCUCCACAACAAAAAGAGUUAGAAUAUGAAAAAGCUAAAUCAGAACUUCAAGGCGACCUGAUAAAAUUCUACAGAAAAAGGUGUAGUUCAAUACCCCUCUCACCGCUUCUUGAAGAAAUGGAGACACAACUAGCCGGGUUCUACGUGAUGCCAGAUAUAGUUGAAGUAAAACAGAAGUCUUUAACUAGUCAUGGAGAGGAGAAAACACCGAUCGAGUCUUUGAAAGACAUGUUUUCAACCGGAAGAGGAGAUCAGCAAGAAAUUUAUCUAUCAGCUGAUGCAGGCUUUGGAAAAACUGCUUUUUCAAAAUAUCUUGCAAUCACAUGGUGUCAAGCUCAUUGUCGUGAUGAAAACUAUGCCUGUUUUAAAGACGACGAGUUAAAAUGUUUAUUUGACUUUACGUUCAUAUUUUUGGUUUUAUUAAGAGACUGUACCUCUGUUUGUAACAUUGACGAUAUGAUUGAACAGCAAAUUACUGAGAACCUUCCUUCAGCAGCAUCACUAGAUGAAGUUUUACGUAGAGAAAAAUGCUUGAUUAUAUUGGACGGUCUUGAUGAAUGGACUCACCCUGAUAACAGCUACUGUAGCAAAUUAUCAGAAAAAAUCCCACAUCGGUUCGUACGUGAUAAUUGCAUUAUCCUAACGACAACUCGACCGUGGAAGCUUGGAGUUUCAAAUCUCAAACUAACUCAAAUAAACAAAAAAGUAGAAUUGGUUCAAUUAUGUACAGAUUCUUCGAGGCAACUUAAAGAAAAUGCUAUAAGAAAAAUGACAGGUGUCCAUGACGAUGGAGUACUGAAGAGUAAAACAUGGGACUUUAAUAAAGAGAUACGUGACCGUGGCCUAGAGCACAUGCAAAGCAUUCCACUCCUCCUCAUGUAUGUUGUUUGCUUAUGGUGCAACAAAAUUCCUAUAGGAAAUUCAUACUAUGAAAUUUACACCAAUAUCAUUGAAUUUCUAUUAUCAAGAACGUCAAGUAAACACCCUGAAGUUCAACCAUCUCGUGAAUCGUCUACCAGUGAAAUUCCUGAAUACUUCAGGAGUCAUAAAUUUUGUAAACAUUUUUACAGUCUUAUUACAUCAUUAGCAGAACUAGCUUACCAAACAUUAUUUAAUGAAACAAGAGAAAACACGCUGGUUUUUGAUAGAACGGUUGCUGAAAAAUAUCUCAAAGAAGACGACAUGAAAUUAAGUCUUCUCUCAGGAAUACUGUCAGAAAGUAGAAGUAAAACUUUAGUCAACGAAAAUAUCAAAGUAUCGUUUUCCCACAAAACAGUGCAAGAAUUCUUUGCCGCCAUAUUUAUAAGUUCGCACAGUGUUCUAGAAAAAUGUAGAAAUAUUCAAGACAUUUUAGACAUGUCAAAAAUUUGUGAAUUUAUAAGUAAAAUGAAUGCUGACCGGAUGUGUGAAAUAUCAGAUGAUUGGAUGUCUGUGAUAAAUGAAGACGAGAAAACACGCGACUCUAGAACUAGGACAGGUGACGAGGACUCAUUGUAUAACAUACAGAAAAUGUUCAUGUCGUGUUUACAAGAAAUGCCUGAAAUUGAAAAUAUUCAAUUAUGUUUGCAAGAUUUCUUCAUUGACAGGGACACCAUGCACAGUAAGCAGUUACAACGUUUGUUAAAACAAAAUAAAACCAACAUUAAAUCACUUCAUAUAUACAUCAGAGGUGCUUCCAGCAGUUUACGUGAAAUUAUAGAUUUAUUCUCUCUCACAGAUCUCAGUCAUAUACAGAAACUUUACUAUAUUGGUGACGAGGAGAAGGAAGCUGAGAUAAACCGGAUAUUGUUUUCCAGUUUACAGAACGUUACUUUGCAGGAAGAUGAAAGUUCAUUGUUACUGUCACGUGACAUGUUGAAUAUUGAAUAUGUGGAUUUGACGUGUGUAGAAAUGUCUGCAGAAAGUUUACAGAACUUCAUUACCGUGCUGGAAAAGCUGCCGCAGUCAGUUACAGUAAAGAUGGCCGGCAUUACACCGAGGACAGAAUAUAGACGUGUUAGAGAAAAAAUUCGGAGUUCAAAAAAAUUUCAUAUGAUACACGACACCGACAGCAGGUGCGAGCCAUUUGAGUUCAAAAAAACUAAGCAAAGACAUUGUGAAAUAAAUUGA